AUGAUGGCCUAUGAUUACUUCAACUCAUUAGUCGAAUCUGGAAGUGCCGGUCUAAUUGGUGGAGAUGCUCUAAGAGAAGCUGCCGCCACACAAAAUGUUGGAAUCGCCUUGGCUGGAUUCGACUACACUCACUCAGGUAGGUACAGAGACAUCAAGGAUGGAGAAUUCGCUUUUACGGGUACCGGGGCAGUGAUGUUUAGCUGCAAAGCAUGGUCUGGGUCUUUGCCAGAGGGCACUCAAAACCAACUUAUCAAACCAUUGAGCUCCGCUUCCUUCACCCAAUGGCCUUUCCUUUUCCAAGGAGCCAGGAGCAGGCAGGCUACUCUCCCUCGAAGGUCGACCACCACACCACCUCUCGCUCACGGCAUCAGCCUGUUCGACCCUCAGAAGCAUCGAGUCCGGCGCCAGAUUGUCUCUAGUCAAGAUCCUAGAGAUAUUGGCCGAGUAUACGCAAGUCCUUCCCGCACUCUGUUUUUGUCUGAUGACGCAGCUGACCGUAUUCAAGCAUGGUCGGCACAGAAAUCGUUACCAUACAUACACGUAGGCCAGGAUCGCAAAGAACACGUCGUCCACAAGAAGGUGAUCUGCAAAAAGGUCGCUUUCUUCCGCAAGGCUUUCAUGGGAAACUUCAAGGAGAGGGAUGGAAAUAUGGACUUGCCGGACGACGAGCCAGCUAUCUCCACGUCAUUUCUGGGAUAUAUGAUGGCUUGCUGGAUAGCACAACAAUCCCAAUGUAUCUGA